AUGAGUAAGGUGUCGGAAGCUGCGCGUGAGCGGGAGGUGUUCAAAUUCGCAUCUCAUCUGCAUGAACUCACAGAUACACAUCAACAGACGACGUCGACGUUGUCUGAUGCCGGCCUCACCGCCUUCGCCCAGCUCACCACUAUUCGACUCAACGCCGCUCGGUGUCUGAUAUCCGUAUUCGACCGCAACAACCAGUAUAUCGUCGCCGAGUCCACGCCAUCGCUGGCUUUGGCCCCCAAUGUCGAGCAACCAGACAACGUUUGGCUUGGAGGAACAGUUAUUCCCAGGUCUGCAGGUAUAUGUGAACAUGUCCUUAUGCUUACCGAUGCUUGUCCCCAGGGAUCGGAAAUCUCGACCUCCUUGCCCGUGUCUGUCGUACCCGACCUAGGCGAGGACCCGCGAUUCAGCGACCGAUCCUGCAUACGAAAUGCGCCCUACAAUCGAUUCUACGCAGGCGUUCCCAUUGUGUCGCCCAGAGGCAUAAAUAUUGGCGUGCUUUCUGUACUUGACAACAAACCCCGGGAUGCAUUGGAACAAGAGCAGAUUGUCUUUCUUCAAGACAUGUCGCGGACCCUGAUUGGCUACCUGGAGUCAAAGAGGUCGAAUGACAGUUCCAGGAGGAGUGAACGUAUGGUACGGGGCAUCGGCAGCUUUGUCGAAGGGAAGUCGACAAUGUCGAGAUGGUGGUUAAGUAUCAAUAGUGGCUCCUUCGAGACUGCAGGCGCCGAGGGCGCUCUCAACCACAGGCAGCAGCAAAUCCAGCACGUACAUGAAAUGCGCGAGAAUAUAAUGGAUGACAGCGUGGCAAUUGGACCGCAACUUAAGCCUUUGCAGUCAAGCGCCUCCAUCCCCCAGUUAGCACGAGCAGAAGAUGAGCAGGCGACAUCCAACCGGAGUGAUACCGGAAACACGUCUCCGAGUCCGCCCACCACCAUCAGAUCUGGUCUUUCGAACAACAUGUCUACGGCAUUGCCGACUGCUAGCACACUUUCCAGACCAACACCAGAAGACUUGCACCUGAAGGAUACCAAGAGCAUUUUUGGUAGGGCCGCCAACGUGAUCAGAGAAUCCAUUGAAGUAGAGGGAGUCCUCUUCCUUGACGCGAGCAUUGGGUCAUUCGGUGGCCUGGUGCCAAGUCAUCAUAGACGUGAUUCAAACCCGUCGGGGGCGGUGCCAUCUGGAUCGAGCAGUGAGGAAACUCUGGACGAGGCUCUCGAAGAUUCUGAGUGCAACAACUGUAACGUCUUCGGCUUCUCGACCUCUGAUCGGUCCAGCAUUGAUGAUGGCACAAGUACAUACCAGGUGUCCAUACCCGAGAAGUUCCUCAGGAUGCUUUUGAGACGCUACCCUCUUGGCAAGAUUUUCAACUUCGACAAAAACGGUGAUGUUCAGUCCGGGGACUCGGAAGAAGAGCAGACCAUCUCGACUUGGAAGCGCUCCAAUGAGGGCACUGCGUCUCUAAGCGCUGCGACUUCCGGACAGAACGAAGGAAAAUAUAUUGUGACUAUCUUCCCGGGUGCUCGGAGCGUUGUGCUCGUUCCUCUCUGGGACUCGCACAAGGAACGGUGGUUUGCUGGGGCCUUCAUUUGGACAAAAACACCAGCUCGCACUUUCACCAUGGAAGGCGAAGUUAGUUAUCUGCGUGCUUUCGGAAACACUAUCAUGGCUGAGGUUAACCGUCUUGAUACGGUACAAUCCGACAAGGCCAAGAGUGACCUCCUCGGCUCGCUAAGCCACGAGUUGAGAUCGCCAUUGCAUGGUAUUGUCGCUGCCGUGGAACUCUUGCAUGAUACUGAAAUCGAUGCCUUUCAAGGAGACGUUAUACACUCCAUGGAAUCUUGCGGUCGCACUCUUCUCGAUGUGUUGGACCAUCUACUGGACUACAGCAAGAUCAACAGAUUCAUCAAAGUCUCAAAGGAACAAUCCAAACAGAACCGGCAGAAAUCUUUUCAGUCGCAAAUCACCACAUUGUUGUCCGACGUUGAACUUGACUCGCUGGCCGAGGAAAGCAUAGAAAGUACCUAUACUGGGUACAAUUUUCAGAAAAUGUCCAUCGCACAAGUCGUGGAGAAAGGGAAAAAAUAUCAUUACGACGUCAAAGCGAUGCGACACAUGGACACGAUUUUGGCUGUCGAAACCUUCGGGCAUCAAAAAGGAGAGGCUGGGCUUAUGCAAAUGACCAUCGGCGAGGUCUCGAUAUAUCUGGAUUUUGAUGCGAGCCAGUCGUGGCAAUGUUAUACGCAGCCAGGUGCCUUAAGGCGCGUCAUCAUGAAUAUCUUGGGAAACUCGCUCAAGUACACCGAACGCGGCUUCAUCGUCAUUUCGUUGAGACAAGAACAGCACUCUGGCAAAGGCAAUCGUCGGCGUUCCAAUCUCAAACUGACCAUCACCGACUCCGGGAAGGGAAUGGGAGAUGAGUUUCUACGCAAUCACAUAUUCACGCCCUUCGCCCAAGAAGAUGCACUCAACCCUGGGACCGGCGUCGGGCUGAGCACUGUGCAACAAAUCGUCAGGACUCUGAACGGAUCGGUCACUGUCGAAAGUCAGCUGGGGCGGGGCACCUCCAUAUCCGCCACCAUCCCAUUUCCCGCGUCCAAGCACCAUGCAGUGGUGGUAGAUACCUUGUUCGUGGACCACGUCACCGCACUGACGGGCCUCAGGGUGAGUCUUCGCGGGCUAAAAGAGAAUGAUGGCGUAGAAGCUCUGCCCGGUCAUUCCGCACCAUCAGAAGUUGCACUUAUGGAGAGUCUUUGUCGUGAUUGGCUUCACCUGGAAGUUGUUCCAGCAGAGCAGACAGACAUCAGACCAGAUUUGAUCAUCUGCAGCGAUCGUUGGCUGGAACGAGUCCUUGCAAACGACCAGUCACAAAUUCUCCCGCCCAUGAUGGUAAUUUGUCGCAACGCUAUCGCCGCGUACAAACUGUCCACCAGUUACAAGUCGUCCAAGAGACAAGAUGUGCUCGAGUUCAUUUCACAGCCUGCCGGUCCGCGUAAAGUUGCGAAGUCGCUGGUGUUAGCUUUGGGCCGAUGGAACGAUUUUAAAGCGAAUAUUCCAUUAUCGUCUGAAUCAUCUGGUUCCGUUACUCAAACUCCGUUUUUUUCCUCCGCCUUCCCACCGCUACCCGUUCAUGACCCUUUGUGUAACGUUGCCGAGUCGGACAAUGCCAACACGCCAUCUGCGUCUGUCAACCCCGAGCUGGCAACACACGAGCCUGAGGAAGACAAUAUGUCCACAGCAGAGCCCAAGAUCGAGCUACUACGUCACCGCAACAGCUCGGACAACAGCCCAAAGAGGACAAAAUAUCUCCUCGUUGACGAUAAUAAGAUCAAUUUACAGAUUCUUGCUUCUUUGAUGAGGAAGUUAAAUCACUCUUUUAAGACCGCAUCCAAUGGAAUGGAGGCAUUGGAAUCCUACGUGAACCAACCCGGGCGGUAUUGCUGUGUUCUCAUGGCAGACAUUUCCAUGCCGGUCAUGGACGGACUCGAGUCUACACGCCGCAUACGGGAGUUCGAGCGAACGCAACGACUGGCUCCUGUUACAAUUUUCGCUCUCACGGGGCUCGCAUCCGCCAGCACACAGAAAGAAGCCUUUGCCAGUGGCAUUGACCUGUUUAUGACGAAACCUGUACGGCUGAAGCAGCUGGCCGCUGCGCUGACUGAAAAGGGGCAUGGCUGAUGUUUCUUUUCCUGAUUCUUCAACUGUAUAUAAUACCUUCUUAUUGAUACCCAUACACGAAACGCCUUUAGUACAACGAAAGCUGCGGGAUUCGCUGGAUUUGUUGAUUUGGAGUUUGGAUGGAGGAAGGAUCGGAUGGACUGAGGUGUCACGCCUUGACGGCGUGAACGAGCAAUAACGUCCCACACCCACAUGUGGGACGCCCUAAAAAUGACGCUGUAUAUUUGUCAGGGUACGG